AUGCCAUCGCACUGUACGCAGAAGACUUUGCUCGUGCUCGUUGCACUGGGCUCCAUUGCGACGGGGCUGUUUGUGUCGUACAUGGCCAUUCAUGCUCCGAACAAGCCGCAGUUUGCCGACUACUUUACGGCUAGCGUGGAUAAGCUGCGCAGUCACUUUGGCUUCGUGCCGCACGAGCGUAUACUUCCCGCGCACUGGCCGUAUGCUCAUGAUAUCGAGCAGGCGUACAUGUCCAUUGUGCGUGUCUUUGUGGAUUUGGUCGAGUCGCGCUUCGGCAAGGGUGCAUUCCUCCUCAUCUUUAGCAUGGUUGCGCCGUGCUCUGGCUUUGCUACCACGGAAGCCGUCAAGCCGCACCGCCACGCUUUCAUGAGUGCCAUUGCCAUUACGAUCAUCUUCAGUUUGGGCCAGCUGAUUUGCAUCGGUGCCGCGCUCCCCAUUUUUUACAUUCCCGGCUACGCGUUGGUGCGUGCAUUCCGCCCUAAGGAAGUCUUCCCGCAGCGCCCCUUUUCCGCGAGUGCUCUGCCUUUGCUGCAUUUGAUGCCGCUGCUGAUGGGCCUGCCCACACUGCUCUGCGUCUUUGUCCCUGUGGACCAUCCCUACUACUUUUACGCCAACUCUGCCUUCCAGUUCUUCCCCCUUGCGCUCUCUGCGCUUGUCGUGUACGGCCUCUUUGCGCGUGAUACACCCACGCUGCGGUCGACUGACCUUGCGGCAAUGUACCGCCAGGGUGCGCUAGCCUCGACUGCACUCUACUGGGCGUCGCUCUACCUCUUGCUCCCUACGCUGCGCGACUUGUACGAGCACAAACCCGUGUACAUAAAUGAUGCGAUUCAGCUCAUUUUGUGGGAUGCUGUCGGCGUCCUUGCCACGCUCGUCUUCAUUGUCCUGAUCGACACCAUUGCAGACCCUGUCCCUGCCGGCGUCGUGCAGCGCCCCAACCUGCACGGCUGCAAAACCAGUCGCAUCCUCAAGACGGUUGGCAUCGCCUCUAUUUUUGGCCCCGGCGCUGCGAUGCAGCUCUACUUUGCGAACCGCGAGGAAGCGGUCUCGGAGCACAACGCCAUGCUUGUCAAGCUCAAGAAGCAGUAG